GAUACCCUACAUACCUUGUCUCUGGUACCGAGAUUGGACGUGAACACAGACUUUAAUGUUAUACUCACAUCUUCGCAAAACCACCUUCUCACCCCGAACAUCCUUCCAUAAAAAUGAAUUUCUUCGACAUUUAUUCCCUCGAGAUUGAAGCCGCUAGAAUGUGUAACGAAGAUUUCUCUGAAAUGUAUUCCUCUACGACACCACACUCUGGGCCCUCGUCAUACCCCUCUCAAAGCUACAAGUUUGGCGCUUGGGUACAAAUUGAAGCGCUGGAAACAGAAGAGGUGCCAAAACUUGCCGAACAUCAGACAAUUGUCUCCCAACCCAUUCUUACGCGGGACCAGGAGCGCAUACGCAGGUUGACUAAGGAGAAUGCGCGACUCAGGCGCGAUGUCAAAAAAAGGGAUAGUAGAAUCUCUUGGCUGACAGAAUCUCAAGAUGCUUUAAAGAAAGACUUGGCUGCUGAGAAGGAGCAGGCACAGGACUGGAGGAAGCAGAUGUGGAGUGGAAGACCGGAACAGAGUGCCUUGAGGAUAGAGUUGACGAAUAUGAUUUGGGAACUGGAAAGGCUUCGUGUGUCGUUUUCUGAUGACGAUGUUUCAUUUCCUGAUGAAGACGAGGACGAGGAAGAUGAACGAGAUGAGGAUGACGAGAUUGAGGAAGAAGACGAGGAAGAUGAAGAGGCAUAUGAUGAGAAGGCCUAUGAGGAGGAGAAGGAUAUUGGGAUCAGGAGUGAGACUAAGAGACUAAACGACUUUUUCGACAAGUUCUCAGGGGACGAUAGGUGGGCGUGCAAUCUUAGAUGA